GGACACUGCAAGACCGAUUGUCGACUGAAGCAGUGCACAGACGCCUUUUCAUCAGACCUCACCACUAAAGCUGACUUAGGAGUUUGGAGCCGAUGGAGGCGGCGAGACAAGGUGAGCCCCGAGAAAAGGGAUAUCUCGGAGGCAAGAAAGGCCGUGGGAAUAUCAUUCGUGGAGCAUCACUUGACAAUCGAACAGUUGAAAGAUCUCUAUCCAGAUUCAUAUAUUCAUCACGAAUUUCCCGAACGCAGUGAUGGCUUACACAGUGAAGAAGCCAGCUUCACCAAACUUCUGCCAUCAAAGGCGAUUGUGAUCAGAGAUUGUGAGGAGAAGGAAAUCAACACCGAGGACAUCGUCGUUGGCGAUUUGGUGAUCAUUAGAUCGGGAUCUCGAAUACCGGCCGAUAUCCGAAUUCUUCAGACAAACUGCCUGACGAUCGAGGUGUCGGAAGUGACCGGUAGGAAAACUCCUGUCGAGUGCACAGCAGAAGCGGCCGCUUCGUAUGUGUCCGUGUUCGACUCGCGGAAUGUCGCCUUCAAAGGAUCGUACUGCACGGAGGGUGAUGGACUCGGCAUUGUCAUCCGAACCGGGAAGUUCACAGUGAAAGGACACUGCAAGACCGAUUGUCGACUGAAGCAGUGCACAGACCUCACCACUAAAGCUGACUUAGGAGUUUGGAGCCGAUGGAGGCGGCGAGACAAGGUGAGCCCCGAGAAAAGGGAUAUCUCGGAGGCAAGAAAGGCCGUGGGAAUAUCAUUCGUGGAGCAUCACUUGACAAUCGAACAGUUGAAAGAUCUCUAUCCAGAUUCAUAUAUUCAUCACGAAUUUCCCGAACGCAGUGAUGGCUUACACAGUGAAGAAGCCAGAAAGCGUCUUCGAGAUGGCGGUGGAAACGUACUGCCUCCACCGAGGGAGGAACAUCUCUUUCGGGUUUUCAUCAGGCAAUUUCAUUUCAAAUUCUGGCUAUUAUUAACGGGUGCGGCAUUUCUCUCCAUAGCCGCAUAUUUUGCGCAUUAUGCGCAAGGCUUCAACGAGCCGCUCAAUCUUUAUUGUGCCUUCAUUUUGUUGCUUGUUGUUCUCGUCAUGAGCCUUCUCUCACUAUGGCAGGAGAGUAAAGCUCGAAAAGCGAUUGUGAUCAGAGAUUGUGAGGAGAAGGAAAUCAACACCGAGGACAUCGUCGUUGGCGAUUUGGUGAUCAUUAGAUCGGGCUCUCGAAUACCGGCCGAUAUCCGAAUUCUUCAGACAAACUGCCUGACGAUCGAGGUGUCGGAAGUGACCGGUAGGAAAACUCCUGUCGAGUGCACAGCAGAAGCGGCCGCUUCGUAUGUGUCCGUGUUCGACUCGCGGAAUGUCGCCUUCAAAGGAUCGUACUGCACGGAGGGUGAUGGACUCGGCAUUGUCAUCCGAACCGGGAAGUUCACAGUGCUAGGUGGAAUCGCGAAUCUUCACACGCAAAUCCCGCCUACUAAGAGCAAGCUGCAGGCGGAGUUGCGCACCUUUGCGCAGUUCAUCUCAGUGCUUGCCAUUUGUAUGGCUGUAGCCAUGUUUCUCAUCGGAUGCAUCGUUGCCAAGUUCGAAAAUGUUCUGGAUCAUUUCGUUAUGGGCUUUCUGGUAGUCAUUGUGGCCAACAUUCCACAAGGUCUUCCAGCUACUGUGAUGUCACAAUUGCGAAUAAUUGCACGGCGAAUGGCACAAAAGAACAUUUACAUCAAGAAACUUGAUCUCAUUGAUGAGCUCGGAGCGGCGACGGUGAUCUGUGCAGACAAGUCGGGCACGUUAACUAUGAAUCAAAUGGUUGUCACUGACCUGUGGUUCAAUCGGCGAAUGGUUACUGGUGCCGGCGUUGAUUUGAAACAUCCGCAUAUACGAGCCAUGCGUUCCACUGUCAGGUCCAGUGAUCGUCUCGAGGAACCGCUUCCCGAAAUUCUUACCGUAAUGUCGGUCUGCAACCGAGCCCAAUUCGAACAUGUUCGUCGCUCGAUGCGGCGUGUGUCGACGAUGCGAGCGCUACAGAAGUCGGCAUCUGAAGCGAUGCUCAGCGGACCCGUGAAAAAGAAGUUCACGAUUGUCGACACCCGCACUGGCCAAGUGUCAGAACACCGACGUCCGACAGUUCCGGACGCCGAUGGUCUACCGGCUCUUGAAAACGGUGUACGCUCCGAGGAACCAGUGCCUGUUUCUACUCAUCCGACUACCGGCAGGACCAAGAGCCGCAAGAACGACAUCUUCGGGAUUCCGAGCGAUGUGGCUUUGGUUAAGUACGUGGAGUUGAACGCAAGCGUUGAAGCGAUUCGUCAACGAUACCAUUCAGUGCAUGAGAUUCCGUUCAAUUCGAUCCGUCGAUGGCAGCUGAUUGUCAGUCGAUGUUUGGCUGAUGUUCAACCAGUCGAGAAUCUUCCUGAACCAGCUCAGAAUGAGGCUCGUUAUGUCGUCAUGAUGAAGGGCGCUCCCGAGGUGAUUCUUGGUAAAUGCAAAAAGGCCAGAGUAAACAAGGAUGUGGUUGACAUUGACGACAACUUCAGACAGGAAUGCCAG